GCUCCGCCCCUCGGCUGGCGUCCGGGCUCGCUCAGCGGCGUCUCGCGGGGCCCGCGGCAGGCCGGCCUUCGCGGAGGAGGAGCGAGGGGACUAAGGAGCAUGGAUCCUGAUGGCUCUGAAGCAAAGGAAUAUUCUUCUGUCUGUGUUGGCAGAGAAGAUGACAUUAAAAAAUCUGAAAGAAUGACAGCUGUUGUUCAUGAUAGAGAAGUGGUCAUUUUCUACCACAAAGGAGAAUAUCAUGCUAUGGAUAUUCGCUGUUACCACUCAGGAGGACCUUUACAUUUGGGAGAAAUAGAGGAUUUUGAUGGACGACCGUGUAUAGUUUGCCCCUGGCAUAAAUACAAAAUUACUCUGGCAACAGGAGAAGGACUGUAUCAGUCUAUAAACCCUAGAGAUCCAUCAGCAAAGCCCAAGUGGUGCUCCAAAGGGAUAAAACAAAGGAUUCAUAAAGUGACGGUGGACAAUGGGAAUAUCUACGUGACUCUUUCUAAUGAACCUUUUAAGUGUGACUCUGAUUUUUAUGCCACUGGAGACUUCAAAGUAAUUCAGAGUUCUACCUGAUAAAAUAUGGCAGUAAAAAAUAUUAUGUAUGUUUUUAAAAUAUUUUAGAGUACCGAAGAUGAUUCAUUUUUUCCAACAUAGGCAUAUUUACUACUUGUCUUUAAAAAUCAUGUAAAUCUAAGAGGUUCAAAAGCACAUGUACUUAAUAUGAUGUAAGGAUUAUCAUCAGAAUCUAUAGAAUACACUUCAUCCAAUCCCUGGAUUGACUGGAACGUGAAGGUUGUAGGUUUGGAAUGUGCAUUUUAAGAAGAAUGAAAAUAAUUUAGAGUAACCGAAGUGAAGAAAAGGUGAAAAAUAAGAUCUAAGAAAAAUUGGGGCAGAAAAUCCCUAUUUGAUAUAGCAGACUUUAUCAUGGAAAAGUUUUAAUCAAUACAAAGUAAACAGUAGUAUAGUUUAAUACUUUUUUACAAUAGAAUAAACUCCCAUCACCAUCUUCAACAAUUACCAGUAUUCUUCUAUUCUUCUUUCAUUAAUAACUCAACCCAUUCCCCACCUCCCCUAUUUGAUUAUUAGUCUUAUUUUUUUUAGGUAAAAUUUAAAUAUAUUGAAAUGCUUAAAUAUUAACCAUUCAGUUUUCCCAUAUAGCAGACUUUUUUACACUUAAAAAAUGCUUCCAAAAAUAGGAUCGAUUUAUAUGCUGAAUUUAAAAAUAAGAAACUUAUGUGCUGGGCAUCAAAACCAAGUAAACCUUCACUCAGUUUUUCUCUAGUCAAGGCAGAGACUCUCAGACACUAAGGAAGACACAACAGCUGCUGCCCAGUCAGAGGGGGGUGAGUAUUCAGUGAAUGGAUUCAAAGAAAGAACUUUGAAUGCCUGUAAGAAAUUUUCAAAUAAAGUUUUUUUUUUAUUUUUAGAGAACUUUGUGCAUAUAUGUACAACUAAGUGUUUCAUGUAAAUGUUACAGAGACAAGAGAUAAUAGAGUGUUAUUUCUCAGAAUCUUUCCUGCUGAGUUCACAGGCAGGGUUAAUGUUAAGUUGGUUCACCAGCUUUUACAGUUCUAGUUAUUUAUGGCUAGCACUGUUAUGGUUGCUGGAUGCUACACCCUGGGUGAUCAUGAAAAACUCUGCAGCAUGUAGUAGUAUGCAAAAGGGGG